UUUCUUCAAUGUCUCAUUCAGUAAGAGCAGAACAUGGAGUGAAUCGGAGCUUUUAAUCAAACCAGAAAUUAACAAAGUAAUUCAAUGAAGGAAAGAUCAUAUGGGUUUUUGAUUUUAUUGAUUCUUUUCCAUUUCCAAGUCCCAUUUUCAUCUGGGAAAGAUGAUAGAGUAUGUACUUCUAAAGGUGGUCGUUUUCCGCCGUUUUCAUCUGCAGGAAGACCUCCGAAAAAGGUAAGCAGGGGUUCCAAGGAUUUGACACUCUGUAGGGUGUUUCGCACACAGACUUGCUGUGAUGUAGCUCAGACGCAUCCUGCUUUGCUAUCCGUUAGAAGACUGGUUUCAGCAGGAGAGGCCAGCCAAGAGUGCUUGCAUUUAUGGGAAUCAUUGGAAUGUUCUAUCUGUGAUCCCGACGUUGGAACAGAACCUGGACCUCCUCUUAUUUGUGCUUCUUUUUGUGACAGAGUCUAUGAAGCUUGUGCUGCUGCUUACUUCUCUAUGGAUGCAAAGACACAGGCUCUAGCACCAUGUGGAGUAAAUGACUUUGUGUGUGGUAAAGCUGCUGAAUGGGUCUCCAAUGGCACAGAACUCUGCCGCUCUGCAGGUUUUGCUGUUAAAAUGCCUGAUGAUACAUACAUUGGUGUAAAAGAUGCAUUUUGUUAUGGUGGUAAAGCCAGUUUUGAAUCUAUUUCCAACUCAUGGAGGGCUUCAAGUUAUCAGUCUCCUAAAAAAGCUGAGCACUGGGGAAUUUUAGAAGAUUUCCAGCAGUGGGUGCAGGAAAUGCGCUAUAAUGAGAAAGUUUCUUGGGCAGUUGGUGGGAUGGUUCUCACUGCAGGGUUAUUAUUUUUGAGCAAAAGGAAGAGUUACAGCCACCGUCAGAAGCUAGCAGCUAUUCAACGAACAGCAAGGAGAUUAGAUGGCAAGAACCAGAGAUCUUUUGAUAGCCAAGGGAGUAUGAAAGGAAACAGAAGAUGAUUAUUAAGUUGCUCACAAGCUUGAUGCUGUGUCAAUUUGCAGGUAAUGAUAAAACUAAUUUCAUGAUGUAAAUUAAAUACUCUUCUCCUCUCCUCGUUGUCGAGCGAAAGUAGAUUUAUUAGUUUCGGAACUGUUAAAACUCAGUUACAGUAAUUUAUAUUACUUCCAAAUUUUUGCAGUCA